UAAUUUAGUUUUGCAUCUUUCCAUGAUAAACAUAUAUGCUAAAUUGUAUGCUUACCAGAUGCAACCAUUUUCAAAAACGUUUGGAACAAAUCAACAGAAGGGGUCUGCUUCAAACUAAAAAUUGUCAACCACUUGUAGGCUCAAAUGACAUUUUCAGGAACCCUCUCGCAACGUGUGCGGGAUUCAAUGCCGACAUGACGCCCUGGUGCCGGAUGCAACCAUUUCCCCAACCUGCUCUCAAGCGCUCGUGCCCACUCGUGUGGUUCGGUCGCAAUGCUGCUAGUGGACAGCGGGUGUGCUCUUUAGCACUGCAGCAGCCACAACUGCAGUAAGAGUGACACCGGAGCAAGAGGAGAUGAAGGAGUAAGGGUGUGAAAGCCCAAAUAAAGCCAUGGGGGCCGGGGCAGGGCUGGGCCCCCCUUCGCUAUAAAUACACUGGCGUCCCGCGGGCUCGGAUUUGGCGGUUCGGGCUUCGGACAGGGGACCACCACUGCCGCGAUAGUAGCCUUCCUUAAAGGAAUUACAUCAUCAUCAUCAUCAUCAUCAUCAAGGAUGCCUCGCGUGGACGCAGACCUCAAGCUUGACUUCAAGGAUGUCCUGUUCCGCCCCAAAAGGAGCAGCCUGAAGAGUCGCUCCGAGGUGGACCUGCAGAGGACUUUCACAUUCCGCAACUCGAAGCAGACGUACUCCGGAAUCCCCAUCAUCGCCGCCAACAUGGACACCACCGGAACCUUUGAGAUGGCCCGGGUCCUCAGCAAACACACGCUGUUCACCGCCAUUCACAAACACUACACGGUGGAAGAAUGGAAGAACUUUGCUGCUAAUCACCCAGAGUGCUUGGAGGUAGGUCUGUAUUGUUAUCUGAAAAAAAAAAUGAAUUCAAUCACUGCCAUUUUUGUGUCCUUUGUGGACUUUUUCUAUGGUGACAAAAAAUGUCAGCACGUCGCCGCCAGUUCGGGCAGCGCCGGCGGCGAUCUGGACAAGCUGUGCGCCAUCGCCGCGGCCGUGCCCGCCCUCAAGUAUAUUUGCCUGGACGUGGCCAACGGCUACUCGGAGCACUUUGUCGACUUCGUCAAGGCCGUGCGAGGGAAGUUCCCCGCGCACACCAUCAUGGCCGGCAACGUGGUGACGGGGGAGAUGGUGGAGGAGCUCAUCCUCUCCGGGGCGGACAUCAUCAAAGUGGGCAUCGGACCGGGGUCUGUGUGCACAACGAGGAUCAAAACUGGCGUCGGUUACCCUCAACUGAGCGCAGUCAUCGAAUGCGCCGACUCGGCUCACGGCCUCAAAGGACACAUCAUCUCUGAUGGCGGCUGCAGUUGCCCUGGCGAUGUCGCCAAAGCCUUUGGUGCGGGCGCCGACUUUGUGAUGAUGGGCGGCAUGCUGGCGGGUCACGACCAGUGCUCGGGGGAUCUGAUCGAGAAGAACGGCAAAAAGUUCAAAAUCUUCUACGGGAUGAGCUCCGACACGGCAAUGAAGAAAUACGUGGGCGGCGUGGCCGAGUACAGGGCGUCGGAGGGCCGGACGGUGGAGGUGCCGUACCGGGGCGACGUGGAAAGCACGAUCCGCGACGUCCUGGGCGGCGUGCGAUCCACUUGCACCUACGUGGGCGCCGCCAAGCUGAAGGAGCUGAGCCGCAGGACCACCUUCAUCCGCGUCACGCAGCAGUCGAGCCAAAUGUUCGCUUGAAGGCGCCCGGCCCAAAGUCGUCUCAGGAUUAUCUGCUGUCAACCUCGCGAAAUGAUUGUUGAUGUUCUCUCAAUAAUGGACGCCAACGAUGCCACGUAUUUACAGCGGUGCCUUGACUUGUGAGCUGAGUAGUGAGUGGAUCUCUCUUAAGUCGAGGCAUGGCCCUUCGUGGCGCGGAGGGGCGAGUGGGGCUCGUUUGUUUUUUGAGGGGACAAGAAAAUGCCCAAAUUCCUCAAUGUUACUUUUUGGUUCCGUCCAAUAAAAGUGCAUGCAGACACUUCUGCAAACUUGCUAACUCCUUCAUCCGUGCUCAUCAUUGUGUGGAUGUUACACUUAAGUUUCUUUGUGGGGGGGAGAAUGGGGGGCUCAAGAGGGAAAAUAUCCAUACAUAUAUUUUGGGAUUUAAAAAAAGGCGGUUUUUUUUUUUUUUUUUUUUUUUUUUUUGCUUCUCCAUUAAAGUUUCUUUUUUUUUUCCCUAUGGCCACUAUUUUUUUUAUUUUAAUUUUAAAAUUUUAAUUCCCUCACGAACAAAAAUUUCCAAAGCCCCCACAUUCAUUAUAUUUAUUUAAUAAAAAUUAUAUUUUAUAUAUAUAUUUUUUAAAAGUCAUA